AUGGAGCCAGGUGAAGACGAAGACACUGAAACUGAAAGGAUUCAAGUGGAGGUCCUACUGCUCAGUGGGCAGUCGGCCUCGGUCGCUGCUUCAGUCAAUAAGGGCAUCAGCAGUUUGCUGGUGGCUGCUGGAAAGCAGUUGGGGGUUCAUCUAGGUCAAACGGUCACAUCGGAUGGCCACUUGCUGAAUCCCCGCAGCACGAUUGCUGAGACUGGACUGAAGGAUGGAGAUGCAGUCUUUGCAACGGUGCGUUGCUCCAGACUUGUGUCAACCCGGCACAUACCAGCGUUUGCCUUAAUCCGAGACGAUGCUUCUGUCAUGGUCUGGGGAGACGGAGACAGUGGAGGAUGGUUCAGCAAGGAGGUUGAAGAGCAGCUUCAUGAUGUCUGUGACAUCCAAUCCACGAUGGGUGCAUUUGCGGCGCUGCGAGAGGACGGCUCAGUGGUUUGUUGGGGCGAUCCUGAAGAUGGCGGAGAUUGCAGUCCGGUGAGGGACGAACUUCGAGGCGUGCAGGAGAUUUGCUCCACCUUGGGAGCCUUUGCUGCUUUGGUGGAUGGCCAAGUGGUGACGUGGGGAAAUCAUCAGGAUGGUGGUAGGUGUGAUGCAGUUCAGGAGGACUUGGUGGAGGUGCAGGAGAUCUGGGGCGGUGGACAAGCCUUUGCAGUCAAAAACGCCAAUGGUCACGUGAUCACCUGGGGCGACAAAGGUCGUGGCGGUGAUUGCAGUCACGUAGAAGCACAGCUGCGCGAGGUGCGCUCGGUCUGCGGAUCGGACGAGGCCUUUGCGGCGAUCUGUGACGGUGGCCGAGUGGUUUGUUGGGGGGAUGCAAUGCAGUCUGACACCAGUCAAGUGCAAGACCAGCUCAUUAACGUGAAGCAGCUCUUUGCCAAUGACAGCGCGUUUGCGGCCUUGCUCGAGAACGGAGAGGUGGUGACUUGGGGCGAUCCAGACCAUGGUGGAUGCAGCAAAGAUGUUCAAGAGCAGCUCAGAGAUGUUUGCCAAAUUGAAGCGUCCGAAUCAGCCUUUGCGGCGCUCCGAAGUGAUGGCCGAGUGGUGUGCUGGGGGGUGAAGGAGAUUGGUGGCGAUUGCAGCGACUUGAACCUCACGGAUGUGAAGAGUCUUUGUUCUUCAGGGCAGGCCUUUGCUGCCCUUCUCGGCGAUGGAUCUGUGAAGACAUGGGGCAGGCCACAUGCUGGAGGAUGCUGCACCGCAGUGAAAGAGAGUCUUCAAGACGUGGCCCAACUUUGUGGUUCCUCCGGGGCUUUUGCUGCACUGCUGGGCAGUGGCGAAGUUGUGACCUGGGGCGAUCCCAAGCACGGCGGGUGCUUUGGGGAAUCGCACUGGCCCGGCUGA